CAGAGCUGCAAAACAAAACUUAAACAUAAAAACUGUAUUAAAAAAACAAACAAGCAAAACGUGAAAUCUGUACCGCUAAGCGCUUACCGUCAAGCGCGUGCAUUUGCCGACCACCUCCACCAACUCUUAUUAUUUUUGUUGUAAGCUCUGCUGUAGGCCUAAGCAAAGAUUUAAAACGUUAAACCUUGUGGGCGGUGUGCAACACUGAGCUAAUCUACCUUGGGGUGAUGGGGGCCUCUUCGCGCUUCGUUCGCCGUGCGUGUUCAGCACGCGCUUUUUUGGCGUGGGAGCGACGUCGCGAAAACAACAUGACGCGACGCGUGGCAGUGCGGUGCGGUGCGGUUCGCGCGCAGAGCAAAGCUUUUGCAAUGGGACGAAUAAGUUGGAAUGCUUGUCAGAGUUACAGUCAUAGGAGUCCAGGCCUCUCUCUGGAGCAGUGCCGAUAUUCUUUCAUGGAAAACAAAAUAUGGGAUGAAUUAUUAUGUGACUUUGCCUGUCUCGUGGAUGAUAAAAUCUGUCAGUAUAACGACAUGGAAAGCUGUAUCCAUAUCGUGGGCCGAAUGAAGAGGUUCCUUCAAUCUCGCGGGCGAAAGCAGGUACAAAAAUUGGGUGAAGUCGGACGAAAAACCUUCUCCUUCAAAGGCAUUUCUCUUUCGACGACCCCAGCGAAUGGACUAAACUAUUGUCAUCUAAGCCAACAUGGGAGCUGAGGACUCAAUGUCUGAGUGGCCCUACCCUACAUACCAACAACAGAAGAGAGCUGCGAGCACCAUUCUUGACAUAACCAUCAAGCAGCCUUUCUCUAAGGAGAAACAGUCCCCGUCGAGAUCGACUAACGUCCGAUAUCCUCGAUUAAACGUAAUGUAAAA